AUGAGCGGCCUGGAAGUAGCGGGCACUGUUCUUGGCGCCUUUCCGUUACUCAUAAGCGGCAUCGAGCACUGGCGUGAUGUUGCGAAGGUCGGCGGCUUCUACUGGCGGAUACGUAAGGAAUACGCCAAAUGCCAGCGCGAUAUCCAGUUCCAUGAAAUCGUAUAUAAGAACAACCUCAAAGAACUCCUGUUGCCACUCCUUCACGACGUCGAUGAAGUUGCAAAGCUCAUCGCAAACCCGGGUGGUCUAAGGUGGAGUGAUAAGGCAUUACAAACACAACUGGAAUGCAGGUUGAAAGAGUCGUACAAAUCGUAUUUGAACACCAUGGCUGAAAUGAAUGAGAUCGCCGAAGAGCUAAAGAAAGAGUUAUGUUUUGACGAGAAGAAUGUACAGGAUAAGCUCUCACCACCAGAAAUAAAACGACGGAACGCCAGUCGGUCGCCAAGCCCUCAACAGGGCACACGACCUUCGAAGUUGUCUACUGCAAAGGGCAAACUGGAUUAUGAAUUCUUCCGAAUGAAGUUUAGCAUUGGGGAAAGAAGCAGAGAUGAGCUGUUUGGUCAGCUGAAAGAAUGCAAUGAGCGCUUGGAGAAGCUGCUGAGCUCUAGCGAUAGAGUCUCUGCACUCCAAAACGCCGCACCCGGAUCUACCAGAAGAACCUCCGAGCUGGAGUCCGCUUUCAGAAAGAUCUCCAAAAAAUCACAUCUGUUGUUCCGGGCGCUGCAGAAUGCGUGGCAGUGCUCAUGUCAGCAGUACCACUUCGCGAACUUGAGACUUGAGCAUCGAACAUUUACCGAAGUAUGUUUCGAGAUCGUCUUCAUGUUUGUCGCACCCUCAGAACAUGGGGUUACACCAUGGAGCCAGAAACAGAUUCUCUGUGGUCAUAUUCCUGGCUGUUCUUCGACUCAGAAGAGACUGGAAACGACCAAGUCUUUUACGCGUCAACACCCGCCGGACCCUUUGCCGACACGAGCUGGUGCGAAACCCCACUCAACUACUUACUGCAAGAAAGUGGGUUUCGCACCACCCAGACCUGCUGUACCAAAGAUACAAAUAGACAUGUUUUUCGAUCAUAAUGUGCAGUUAUGCCGGCGACUAGGCGACGAAGAAUGUGAAGUAUGCAUGGGCAUCGUUAGCCAUGAUGACGAAGCCUUUCAUCUUCAUCCGGUCAACCAAAAACCGGAUCAACCCGGAAAUGGACCCAUCACACUUGACCACAUUCUCUCUCGUGAUUUUGAAGACCCCCUUUCGCGGCGCCAGCGCUAUCAAAUUGCUCUCCUUGUUGCUUCAUCAGUAGCACAACUUUUGUCUACGCCCUGGCUACGGGCAGGCCUUUGCAAAGAAGACAUCAUCUUCUUUACUUCGAAAGAGAAUAACGGAUUGCUUCCGUACGGCGAACCUUUCAUCAGACAAGGUUUCCUACAAAACCACACUCACCUUUCCUGGAUUGAAUCUUCUGCGGACGGCUGUAAUUUUUAUGCACUCGGCAUACUUCUCUUAGAACUUUGUUUUGGUUGUCGUCUGGAGGAUCAUGCUGUAUGCAAAAAGCACCCACCAAACAUCGACGCCGCCACUAAACAUGCCUUUGAUGUCAUGGCCGGAUUGAAGUGGUCACGCAGCGUGAGCGACGAGGGUGGAGAGGAUUAUGCGACAGCUGUCAAGUGGUGCUUUACGGGUGUAACAGACAAAGAAAAGAACUGGAGGGGCGAAAUUGUCAGGAAUGUGAUACAACCAUUGGAGAAAUGUAUGGAGCACUUCCAAAAUGUCAAUGUAGUUGGAUGA